AUGCUGCAAGACGAACACGACGUUAAGCUCUUCCUACAAGUUAAAGCUGCACUUCGGCGCAAAAGCUCGUGUGGUCCAAAGAUCAUCGCAAAGCAAGGUGAGAAGAAGAAAGAGAUGAGUCGGCAAUUAAGCAAGGUGCAGUACAUUACGAAACAGCUCGACAAGGUUGGGUGGUGGGGUGAGGAAGAGGAAAAGGAUGACGAGGACAAUUCCAUGGGUGUUAGUCUGGCUCGUAACGCUGUUCGGGUGACUGGUCCGGACAAAUUGAACCAGGCGAAUGCGCUAGCAACCAUCAAUUAG